CCCCGUCCACAAUUAUAAGCCGCAGCACAGCAGCCGCCUAGACGCUUCCGCGCAUUUCGACAUCCACAAGAACAGCCCCGAAGAAGAAGAAGAAAAGAUGAGUAGCAUGACAUGUUAUGUCCUGCCAGAAGGUGGAAACAUCUUUCCAUCCGGUGAUGAAGUCUUAGAGAAUCAAGAAACAGAGCAAGGAACUUACUGGUCACAAUGGAAUUCAAGGCUAUCUGAUGAUCUGAACACAGCCAGCGUGUAUUCACACGAGCACGAGAAAGAAGCCGCCCAAUGUUUCGACACUGACGAACAUCGAAGGAGCAAACAAUGGGAGAGGUCUUCAGCAUGUGCCAGGGGUGCAUCUUCAGAUUGCAGUACACGGCCUUCAGAAGAACAAUCUGAGGGUCCAGCACCGUCGGAGCUACAGCACACAAAGGAAACAAACGACAUCUUCUUGAGUCAAUUCUCCGAUGAUGAGAUGAGGAUGAUGGAUGCGCCUUUUCAGGCACUUGAUAUGUUCCCUGGCUCCAUGCACAGGCUACUGUCGUAUGAAAACAUGCUGAGUGGAGUACUAACUGAUUCCCAAGAUGAAGAAGCAAAUCCUGACCACAAUGAAAUGGACACCAUGGAUACUUGUGGCUUUCCUUUGUUCAGCCAUGAAUUGCAAGAUGAUCCGAGCAACGCAGAUGGAAGCUUGGGAACACUAGUAAACCCCUCCAAUAACAAGUCUGAGGUGAGCACCAUGAAAAGGAGCAUGUCAGUUGCUGAUAUACAGAGCUCCUCUAACGGGGAAGUAGCAGUGCUUGAGGAACUCGAAGAUAUAAUGUUCCAGCUGACCAAAAAGACGCGUGUAUGCCUCCGUGACGCUUUCUACAGACUGGCUGAAAGCUCGGAAGCACAGUGCACUGCUGCAAACGGAGGAACAAUCACGAGCUCAGAUGAACAAAGUUUUCAGCAAUCAGAAGGCAUUGGAUCCAGCUCCUCGACAUUAGACCAAGCAGAACGAGAGACAAACGCAAUAGACAGAACCGUGGCGAUCCUCGCGUUCAACCAGCCUUGCUCAGCUCAAUGGGAAUGAUCUCUGCUCUCACGAUCCAGAGCAUGAAGCACUACAUCCAUGUGUAGCUGGAUCAAAGGUGAAAAAGCAGGCUAGCAUCUGCAGCCUCGCCGGUUCGCCUAAUUCAGAGAUGUACAUGUACACUACGUAGGUUGCUAGGACAUUUUUCUCUGAGCUUGCAAGUAGAGAGCCAUGAUCCAGACUCUAUCAUGUAUAAUGACUUACCCUCUUUGUAAAAUUUUGCCGGCAAAAGAAUGAUGAUAUUUGUACUCUUA